AUGAAUGCGUUGCAAAAGGGCGGGACAAAGGAGAUGCAGCACAAAAUGACCAAAGAAGAAGAAGAAGACCAGAAAAUUCAUGAUGAGAAAGCUUGCUGGUGCAACUCCAACAUUUUCGAGAAGACAACCGCGGUCAAUACGAACAAGCGGAAGAUUAUUGCUCUGAAUGAUUCAAUCCAAAGGCUCACUGUGGACAGCGAGCGUUGGAGGGCCGAGAAAGAACAGCUCUCCAAGGAGAUUCUGAAUGCAAAGGCUGCACAGUCAUCAGCAGAAGAGGAAGACAAAAAACAACUUGAAGACUUCAAGAGGGAAGAAUCCAGGCUGCUUGGACUCGUUGAUGAAAUUGCUGAGGCUCACAGAAAGAUAGAGCCGAGUUUGAUUGCGAAGCUGCGCAAAAAGGUGGUGCAAGCUGAAGGAAAGCACCUGAGAGCUGGCCAAGUCGAAUCUUUUUUGCGAGAGAAGCCUCAAACAGAGGGGGUGGUCGCUGUCCUGGACCGCUUGGAGUCAGACGUGGUUGCCAAUCUUGGCACCGUCCGGAGCAAGGAGACACAGCGUGCCCAGUCAUUUCAACUCAUUAUUGAAGAUAAGAAAGCAGAAGAGAAGGCUUUGGAGGAGAGGAAACAAGCAAAAAGUGAAGCUAUAGCUGAAGCAGCUGAACAGAUUUCAAACAGUAAUGAGGUGAUUUCCAACGCUGAAAUCCAAGUUGAAGAAGAUUCAGAGCUCUUGGCUGAUGUGAAAGCCAAAUGUGAAAGGAUGGAGAAGGAAUGGAAUCAGCGUCAGAAGACCCGAGCUGAGGAAGAAGCAGCCAUCAAGAAAACUGCUGAAAUUUUGAAGAAAGCCUCUCUGGGACUGAUACAGCUACAGGACAUUGAGCACAAGAGCUUCUUGCAGGUGGAAGAGUCUAGGAGCUCAUUGCACAGGAAGAAGCUUGCUGAUGAGUUGCUAAAAGCUGCCGUGUACGAUUUGCGAUUGGUAAGCCUGGCAAUGCGAGCAAAGAUCGACUCCUUCACGAAUGUGCGAAUUGCAAUCCGAAACAUGAGUCAGUCUUUGGAAAGAGAGCAGAAUGACGAGGUCAGGCAAAAAGAGUAUUGUGUGGAGCAGUUCGAGAAGAACAAGAUGGACAUGGAGGCGAAGAAUCGGACAAUUCGGGCGCAAAGUGCAGACACGCUGAAAUUGGAGGCCGAAAUCCAGGCAGCUGGCAAUCAAGCAACAAACCUGCAAAAAGAGAUUGGCUCUUUGGAAGAGCAGAUGAGGCUGGCCAGUCAAAGUCGAGAGAAGGAGAAUAGCGAAUUCCAGACUUUGGUUCUUGAGCAGCGUGAAAUGAAGGCGUCGCUACAACAGGCGAUGUCCGUACUGCAAUCUCAAUUCAGCCAGGCAGAGGGAAGCUUUGCCCAGACCAAAGGUGCCGCUGCUGGCGGCUCUGGCCAGGUGAUGGAGAUGUUGCUAGAAUUGAUCAAAGAUUCUGAGGCUAUGAUUGCAGAAGCUAUGGAAGCAGAACAAACAUCGCAAGAAAGCUUCGAAGCAUUCACAUCAAAGACCAAUGCUGCAGUAGCAGUGAAGCAGAAUGGUAUUUCAAAAGAGAACAAGUGGCGCGGGAUGCAGGCUGUUCUUUUAGCUGAAACGUCUGAAGCCAAGCAUUUGACGACAUCGGAGCUCAAGCAGUUGCUGGCAAUGAAGGGGCAACUCCAUGAGAGUUGUGACUUUUUGCUUAGCCGCUUUGAUGUGCGGCAGAAGGCGCGUGCUGAAGAGAUGAAGGCCUUGAACAGGGCGGAAUCAGCUCUCUCAGGUGAUGCGUAG